CAGUUUCAGGUCCAUGUUAUGAAACAGCGUUCUAGGGGCAACUCAAUGACUGUGGAUGCCAAAAUAGAAUCAGGUCCUGCCGGAAGCAACGAAGAUGAAGAGAGCGACUCUUCAAGCGAAGGUGACAGCCACUCGGAUGAGGAUGACGUCAUUUAUGAUGAUGAUUGCGGAGAUGAAGACGAGGGCGAAUCCGACGAUGACUCGGAGGAUAUGGAGUCGGACGGACACGAGGAUGACGUCAUAGUUCCUAAUGUGGACCAGCAAGUUAACGUGGAGUUCGAAGCAUUUCCACCGUCGGACGGUGACUUUCAAAGUCUGGUGGCAUUGUUGGGCCGUCUGUUUUACAAGGAGCAACAGAUCAAUUUAGCCGAGUUGGCUAAUUGGGUCAUCGGCCACAACUACAUCGGCAGUGUCCUGAAGACCAACAACCCACACAGUCCUAUGGACACUUCAGACGAGGACGAUGAAGACGACGACGACGAAGAUGAAGAAGAUGAAGACGACACUGUCUACGGUGUCACAACAGUUGUAAAUUUGAAGCCAACAGGGAAAAGCAAGGACGAGUCUUUUAAACACUCAAUCGUGGCCUACCUAACUGAAAAAUGCAACAGUCCCGAGAUCAACACAAUCCUAAAUUCGCCCAGCUCUCAUACAGUCGGUUUGCUCCUCACAGAACGAUUCGUCAACAUUCCCCCUCUCCUUGCUCCCCCCAUGUUGAAGUGCCUGUGCAAAGAAAUAGACUCGGCCAAGCUGAAGAAAAUGCCAUAUGAUUUCACUCACAUUUUACUCAUAUCGAAAAGUUACGACCAGUCAGUGCAAAGUAAGAAUGGAUCAUCCAACGAAGGUCUUCCACCUUGUCUUGAAUUCAUAAAUCCAGAGGAUGAGAUAUUCCAGCAGUAUGCGCAGUGCGUAGCAAGUUUCCCAGUGCCAGAGGCAGAGCAUCUUGUAGGAGGCUCUUGGGGUCCGAAAGAGAAGUCGAUGCCCCAGUACCGGACUGUCAGUCUGAUGCCUAUGGAUAAGUUCAAGGGUGCCGUGAACCAGAUUUCAAACAUUUUCACAGUCGAAAAUAUGAUGAGUCUAAUGAAUGCUAAUGGAACCGCGACUACAUAAUUUGAAUCAUCGUUUCUU